GAGCAAACAGAAUGUAUAUUAAUUAUUUAAUGUAAAGGUUUUAAUAAUCUACUGUAAUUAUUUAAAUAUAGUCAGAAUGGCAGCAAAACAGAAAAAUAUUUUUACUCGAAGUAAACCGUUGAUGAACAUUUACAGUGGUGUAGAUCACGAUGGAAAAGAGGUGGAGGUUCGUGAAGAUGCGGAGCAGUUGGUUAAGUGGCACGAGAUCUCGGACGCGUUGGUUGCGGCCGGGUACUACCGCGCCCAGUUGCAGGGUCUGUCGGCUUUUGAUAAGAUCGUCGGAGGGCUGUCUUGGUGCAUAGAGUUGUGUGAUAUCGACGUGGAUGUCAGUUUACUCUUUGAGGAGAACCUUACUAUUGGAAAAAAGAUUGCACUAACAGAAAAAAUAGUUAAAGUACUACCUUCUAUGAAAUGCCCAUUCAUAAUCGAGCCUCAUCAAAUCCAAGGAUUGGAUUUCAUCAACAUCUACCCCCUCAUACAAUGGCUGAUAAAAUACUCAAGUGAGUUCCGAGAAGCAAAAGAAGAUGAGCUGCGGAAUUUUGCUGUGAUGCAGUAUGACAAGGAACACAUCUUUGAAUCAGAUCGAAAAGUAUUUGAACAAAAAGAAAGAUUGCUCAAGAAUUUAUCUGUUUUACAAAAUUUAUACAAACCAUGUAGAGUCCGCAAGAGGAUAGGUGGUCUGCCGGCAAAUGAACUGGAGCAGGUCAAUGCAACCCUCUCUGAAUACGACCAGAGGAUGCUACUUCAUAUCACUACACAACAGGAUGAGAGCAAAAAGGAUGAGGGUCUUGAUUUCCUGUAUGACUAUGAAAAAACAUUAGCUGAUCCAUCUAAAAUAACAACAGAAACUGACAGGUUUACAAAGAAUCAGGAUAAUAAUGUCGACGCUGCUGACACCAAAAUUCACUAUGCUGUGCUACACUCAGAACUCACUGGAGAACUUUCAAAGGAGCUAGAAUUAAGUGAAAAGCUCAAAUAUUCAGAGGAAGUGGACAAACUCACAAAAACUGUUGAUGCUAUGGAGAAAGAAGUAGAAAAAACUAAGAAGGAACAUGAGAGUAGAAUGGAAGACGCAAAGCAGGAAUAUGCUAGUGUUUUAGAAAAGUUGCAAAAAAUUACAUAUACAAUGAUGAACUCUGACGACAGUAGUGACAAAAAUGUGAAGAAAUUUUACAAGACCUUGAAGGAACUGGCACGAGAAAGAAAUGAAUUGUUGCAAAUAAUCCAGCACAGGGAGACGGAAAACAAGAAAUUGCAAGAAGAAUUAAGUGCCGCGCGAAACCCGGCAGCUAAAGUGGAGGAGCAAUCACUCACUCCAGCUGAAUUAAAAGAGUUCAGAGACAGAGAAGAAAAGUUAAAAGCAUUUAUAACCAAUAUGAGAUUGGAACUGGCCAGAUUAAACAGAGAGGUUCUGAGAUACACUGUGGCCUUAGACGAGGUUCCUGGCACUGCUGAACUACUGCAGUAUGAGAAGAGAUUUAUUGAACUCUAUAAUCAAGUUGCAUCUAAACACAAGGAAACUAAACAGUAUUAUAUAUUUUACAAUACGCUUUUUGAAGUGAAACUUUAUACCUCAAAGGAAUUAAGUCUACUAAAUUCCAUUUUGGAUAAUUAUGAAGAGGCCAUGUCUUCAGCCAGAAAGAGAGAAGAGUUCAUGACGCAAUUCGAGUCCAUCGUCGAAUGGGUGAACCAAACGGUUAAGAAGGUCGAACACAAGUUCAAACACGAGAGGGACCAGAAGACGGCCCUGCACGCGGAGUACUCGCGGCUCAUGGACGUCCAGAGACAAUACGCGGCGGCCCUUAAGAAACUAGCGGGAGAGAGGCAGAAGUAUGGAAAAAGGAACAGCUGAUCUGAUGAUGUGGAAAUGGUUGUUUAAGUACAAGUCCUGAUA